GGACGGCCCGGGACGGCGGCGGGGCCGCGCCAUGGCGCUGUAGCGGCCCGGCAGCGCACUGGUACGUUCUGCAAAGAAGACACUAUCACUGAUCAAUUUAUUACAGUUCCAGUAACACAAGCAAAAUCAUCACCAUGAAGCACUUCCUAAGGAUGUUUGUUCAGGUCUGCCUGUACUUCUACUGUAAAUGCUUGUGGCGCUGUCUGAAAUUCGUGGUCAGGAAAUUAACAGGACGAUGUGAGUUGCAAAGGAUCUGUUACAAUACCAAGCCUGGAGCUGCCAGAACUAUGAAAAUAGAGGCAUCACUGAAAGGUUCAAAAAGUAAGCGCCUGCAAACUUCAGUAAGUGUUCACCCUGAUGCUAUUGAAAAAACUAUAGAUGACAUCAUGGAGCUGAAAAGGAUUAAUCCAGAUAUAAAUCCACAGCUGGGGGUAUCUCUUCAGGCCUGCCUGCUACAGAUUGUGGGGUACCGAAAUCUGGUUGCGGAGGUUGAAAAGCUGCGCAGAGAGCCUUAUGAUUCGGAGAAUCCACAACAUGAAGAAAUGCUUCUGAAGUUGUGGAAAUGUUUGAAGCCUGAUUCGCCAUUGAAAGCUCGGAUUUCGAAGCAGUGGUGUGAAAUUGGUUUCCAAGGUGAUGAUCCUAAAACUGACUUUAGAGGGAUGGGUCUCCUGGGCUUAUACAAUUUGGUAUAUUUUGCCGAAUGGGACACUGGGAUAGCUCAGCAAGUUCUUUCCGAUUCUCUUCAGCCUAAAUACAGCCAAUUCAGUAAAGCCGAAUGGGAGAAGAAAAAGUUUGAUAAGGCAAUUGGCUACUCUUUUGCUAUUGUGGGCAUUAACAUCACAGACCUUACAUACAAUCUGCUUGUGAGCGGAGCUUUGAAGACUCAUUUCUACAAUGUCGCUCCAGAAGCACCAACGCUAGCACACUUCCAACAGACCUUCUGCUACUUAAUGCAUGAAUUCCACAAGUUCUGGAUUGAAGAGGACCCACUGGAUAUAAUGGAGUUCAAUCGCGUCAGAGAGAAAUUUCACAAGCGAAUCCUGAAACAACUCCAGAACCCAGAGAUGGCUCUGUGCCCUCAUUUUGCUGCAUCAGAAAGCUUAAUCAAUAUGUAGUUAUUCACUUGAUUUUUUUUCUUUUGAAAGCACUGUCUCACUCUUAUUAGAUCACUGUUUAGACCAUCACUGACAUACUGAAUGACCAUGGCGAUUGUAUGCAUGUUUUCAGUGCAGUAUUCAUCUAUUUUUGUCAUAUAUACUAGAUCCCCUUAUGCUUCUCUUGUUGGGGACUUCUCAUUUUAAAUGAGUGCUCAUAUUGUGGCAUUAUGCAGUGUUACAUUCUGAAUUAAUGUCCGGGUAUCAGAGUUUUUUCUAUUUUUUUAGACUUUCCUCAUAAUUCAACAUUGAAAAAUUGAAUUGUAUUUCUCUAGCUGUGUUUUUGUAUAUGUGGAAUAAUUAGCUGGAUCUUGUAUUGUGAAAGCUUUUUUAACUUGAUAUGUUUUAAGAUAACUCCUGGCAUUUCAAGCAAAGUAUAUAUUUGGACAUCAUCUAGAAGAUAAUGUGUGUAAUUACAUUUGAUGCAGACAAAGACAACACAUUACGGUCUAAUUUUGUCCAUGCAGCCAUAUAUGCUUAAUGCAGAGUUGAGGCUCAUGAGAUACAAGCUUCAGUGAGAAGACUUUAUGUAGAGUUACAGUCUGACUCCACAGCUGCAUGAACACCAAAUGAUCUGUCAAUACUAAUACAUUCAGUGAAGUGCAGACACUCACAGCUGGAUACUGGCAGGGGCCAAAAAUUCUAUCAGACUGUAGUCACCAACACGACCAAGCACCGUCUCAAUUCCUGCACAUUCUUUUGGAUAUACAGGGGUUCAUAUUUUCUGUCACAUACUGGAAGGAAGGCAGCAUGAUUUGAUCACAUUGUGCUUGGUGAAUUCAGGGGAGCUUUUUUCUUUUCUUUUUUUUUUUUUUUUUUUUUUCCACGCAAAUAUUGAAAUGCUGCUUUGGUUGUCAGCUCAGUUUCUAAGAACUGGGAAAAAUAAUUGAUUGGAAGGUUUAGAGCAAAACUACCUGAAUUUCCCAGAUUACUUAAAGAAAGAAGGAAAGAAAGAAAAAGGCAACUGUCUUUUUUUUUUUUUUUAAUAUAACUGCAGAACUGUCUGACAUUAAGAUUGUGUAGUAUAUUGAACAGCACCUACC